AUGUACUAUAUAUCGGGAGGAAAUCGAGAACCGUCUACAUUCAAACUUGUCAGCUACAUGGUUUCAAUACGUUCUCGUAACCCACAAAGAUAUUUUGGAGAUAAUCACUUUUGUGCAGGCACGAUUAUAUCGAAAACGGCCGUAUUAACAUCAGCCCAUUGUGUAAUGGAUAAAAGAAGAGUAUUAACUCGAGCCCGUCGUUUACUGCUAGUGGCUGGAACACCUAAUCGUUUAGUGCCCAUCGCAACAACCGUACAAUUUCCUGCCAAAAGUCUAACGGCUAAUACAAACUAUAUACGCAACAAUAAAGAUGAUAUAGCAAUAAUUCAUUUAAAAGGAGAAAUUCCCGAGGAUAAUGAAAAUAUACAAAUUAUUAAAAUGCCAACGGGACCACCGGUAUAUAAUACAAGUUGCAUUAUCAUAGGUUGGGGACGAAUGAUAGUGAAGGGUCCUUUAGCCGCUUUACCCUUUCAUGUCAAUGUUAGGCUAUAUGAACCUUCAGAAUGUAAAUAUUUUCUACGCGAACAUUAUCAUAAAGGUAUUUUAUGUGCAGGUGAUAGUUUGAAUUACGAUGAAGAUCCCUGUCGUGGUGAUAGCGGUGGGCCUUUGAUCUGUAAUAAUGAGUUAACGGGUGUUAUUUCUUGGACCAUAGGUUGUGGUAGAAAUCGUUUGCCCAGUUUGUAUACGGAUGUUUGGUAUAAUCGGGAGUGGAUUGAAAAACAUUUAAAUGCUGGUUUUAGGAUUUUUAUGCAAUUUAAUAAAUAUGAAAAAUAA